UUCGUUUCCUGCUGCAGGAUAGAAGAAUGGCGACUGCUGAUCUGAGAGAGGAGCUAACCUGCCCCAUCUGCCUGAGCAUUUAUACAGAUCCUGUAACUCUCAGCUGUGGCCAUAACUUCUGCCUGGGCUGUAUUGAGAGUGUGCUGGGUACUCAGGAGAGACCUGGGCUUUAUACCUGUCCUGAGUGCAGAGGAACUUUUACUAAGAAACCUAAACUGCAGAGGAACAUAGCGCUGUGUAAUGUAAUGAAGCAUUUACAGAUUACUCAGCCAGAGCAAAAAGACACUGGGGUCUUCUGCACUUACUGUGUUCACUCUUCUGUACCUGCUGCUAAAUCAUGUCUGCAUUGUGAGCCUUCUCUGUGUGAUACCCACCUGAGGGUACACAGCAAGUCUGAGGAACACGUCUUAACUGACCACACGACUUCCUGGGGUAACAGAAAAUGCUACAAACACAAGAAGCUCCUGGAAUAUUACUGCACUGAGGAUGCUGCCUGUAUCUGUGUGUCCUGCUCCCUGGUCGGAGAGCACAGGGGACACCAGGUGGAGCUGCUGAAUGAGGCUUCUGAGAAGAAGAAAAAGAAACUGAGAAAUGUUCUGCAGAAUCUGACCACAAAGAGAAAGAACACUGAGAAAAGAGUUCAGAGUCUGCAGGAGCAAAGGAGAGGGGUGCAAGAGAAAGCAGCUGGUGGAACAAAGCGACUCACUGCCCUGAUUAGGGACAUCAGGAAACAGCUGGAAGACCUAGAGAAGCGAGUCCUGAGUGACAUCACCCGGCAGCAGGAGCAGGUUUUACUCACAAUCUAUGAUCUGAUCCAGCAGCUGGAAAAAGAGAAGGAUGAGCUGACUAGGAAGAUGAGUCACAUUGAGGAGCUGUGCAACAUGACUGACCCAUUAACUGUCCUACAAGAACAGGAAUCACACAGAGAUGAUGAGGUCACACAGAGAGGUGAUAAACAGGUCCCUGCUUGGGAAGAUUUGUAUGAGGAUCUGAUCUCAGAGACCUUAUACAAAGGUUUAGCUGAUAUUGUGACUGAUGAACAGAGAGGGCUGUAUGUGGAGAAGACAUCAGACAUAUUACUGGAUAUAAACACAGCUUUUGAUAAUGUUUUUGUAACAGAGGACCUUAAAAUUGCAUCCUGGUCAGAUAUAAACCAGCAGCGACCAGUAAGACCAGAGAGAUUUACAGUUUCCCCUCAGGUAUUAAGCAGAAGGCGCUUUUCCGCAGGAAAACAUUACUGGGAAGUGCAGAUCAGUGAAUCAGGGGUCUGGGCUGUAGGGGUUUGUUAUACCAGUAUGGAGAGGGGAGGACAUCAGUCUGGGAUAGGAAAUAAUAACAAGUCCUGGUGUUUGUAUAGUAUUAAUAAAGAUCUUUACAUGAGACAUGACACAACAGGCAUCUUAUUAUGCCCCCCUCUAUCAUGUGACACAGUAAGAAUACUGCUGGACUAUGAGGCUGGGCGUCUGACCUUUUAUGAGCUGUGUGACCCGAUCAGACACUUACACACCGUCACUGUCACCUUCACUGAGCCUCUUCAUGUUGCAUUUUGUGUAUGGCGUGAUGCCUGUGUGAGAAUCCUGCGGACCUCACAGGAAGGUCAGGAAUUUGUUGACGAUAUGAAUGCUAAUGAUAUAGGUUUGAGGUUUACUAGUAUUCAUGAGACACAGAGUAUUGAAUUUCUAGAUUUAACUUUACAGAAUCUAGAUAAUAGAGUUAUAACCAAACUACAUUGUAAACCUAUAUCAGUCUUAAAAAUUGACUUUUUGGAAUUGACUUUAGCAGGUGGGGAGGAUGUGCUGAUUGAGCAUGUAAAAUGGUAUUACCAGCAGUUGGUUUUCUGCGUCCUUCUCCCUGAAGAUGAAGCCUCAUCCCUGAACCGCAAUGGAGGAAGAGAAGACCUGCGAGACCUGUCCAUGAUGAAAAUGGCGACUGCUGAUCUGAGAGAGGAGCUAACCUGCCCCAUCUGCCUGAGCAUUUAUACAGAUCCUGUAAAUCUCAGCUGUGGCCAUAACUUCUGCCUGGGCUGUAUUGAGAGUGUGCUGGGUACCCAGGUGGGAUCUGGGGUUUAUACCUGUCCUCAGUGCAGAGAAACUUUUACUAAGAAACCUAAACUGCAGAGGAACAUAGCGCUGUGUAAUGUAGUGAAGCAUUUACAGAUUACUCUGCCAGAGCAAAAAGACACUGGGGUCUUCUGCACUUACUGUGUUCACUCUCCUGUACCUGCUGCUAAAUCAUGUCUGAUGUGUGAGGCUUCUCUGUGUGAUACCCACCUGAGGGUACACAGCAAGGCUGAGGAACACAUCUUAACUGAACCCACCACUUCCUGGGGUAACAGAAAAUGCUACAAACACAAGAAGCUCCUGGAAUAUUACUGCACUGAGGAUGCUGCCUGUAUCUGUGCGUCCUGCUCCCUGGUCGGAGAGCACAGGGGACACCAGGUGGAGCUGCUAAAUAAGGCUUCUGAGAAGAAGAAAAAGAAACUGAGAAAUGUUCUGCAGAAUCUGACCACAAAGAGAAAGAAGACUGAAAAAAGAGUUCAGAGUCUGCAGGAGCAAAGGAGAGGGGUGCAAGAGAAAGCAGCUGGUGUAACAGAGCGACUCACUGCCCUGUUUAGGGACAUCAGGAAACAGCUGGAAGACCUAGAGAAGCGAGUCCUUAGUGACAUCACCCAGCAGCAGGAGCAGGUUUUACUCACAAUCUCUGAUCUGAUCCAGCAGCUGGAAAAAGAGAAAGAUGAGCUGACCAGGAAGAUGUGUCACACUGAGGAGCUGUGCAACAUGACUGACCCAUUAACUGUCCUACAAGAACAGGAAUCACACAGAGAUGACUUUUGUGGUGCUGAGAAGGGAGAUAAUGAGGUCACACAGAGAGGUGAAAAACAGGUGCCUGCUGGGGGGGAUUUGUAUGAGGAUCUGAUCUCAGAGACCUUAAACAAAGGUUUAGCUAAUAUUGUGACUGAUGUACAGAGAGGGCUCUAUGUGGAGAAGACAUCAGAUAUAUUUCUGAAUAUAAACACAGCUUUUGAUAAUGUUUUUGUAUCAGAGGACCUGAAAACUGCAUCCUGGUCACAUAUAAACCAGCAGUGACCAGUAAGACCAGAGAGAUUUACAGUUUCCCCUCAGGUAUUAAGCACCAGGAGCUUUUCCGCAGGAAAACAUUAUUGGGAAGUGCAGAUCAGUGAAUUAGGGGUCUGGGCUGUAGGGGUUUGUUAUACCAGUAUGGAGAGGGGAGGAUAUCAGUCUGGGAUAGGAAAUAAUAACAAGUCCUGGUGUUUGUGUAGUUAUAAUAAAGAUCUUUACAUGAGACAUAACACAACAGGCAUCUUAUUACGCCCCCCUCUAUCAUGUGACAAAGUAGGAAUAGAACUGGACUAUGAGGCUGGGCAUCUGACCUUUUAUGAGUUGUGUGACCCGAUCAGACACUUACACACCGUCACUGUCAACUUCACUGAGCCUCUUUAUGUUGCAUUUUGUGUAUGGCUCUGUGCAACCUCUAAACGACAGAGAGUUCCUCCAUAUGGACUACUUAUGUCUUUACCUAUUCCAGAGAAACCUUGGAGCUCCAUUUCAAUGGAUUUUGUGGUUGACUUACACCCUUCUGCAGAUUACACCACCAUCCUGGUGGUUAUUGAUCAAUUCACUAAGAUGGUACACUUUGUUCCUUUAACCGAACUUCCAACUGCUCUAAAAACUGCACACAUUUUCAUUGAAAAUAUUAAUAAGAAUGAUGGAACAGAACCACAGACUUUUACCUAUAGUGACCUUGAGGCGGCACGAAUUACCACCUUAGUACGAGGUUCACGUAACUUUCUCCAAACUCCUCCAACAGAGGUAUCAACUAAGGAAUUUGAGAAAUUAACAAAGAAGAAUCUGGCAUAUGGGCUACAUGCCACGACUCUAGCGGAAUACCACAGAGUGAGACGUAUACCGAGGGGCCUCCGCAUGAGUGUGAGACCAACACUCAUGCGUGAUAACAAGGAAUAUUGUGAAAAAUUCACCUAUAUUCUGAAUAAAUGUUCUUUUGAUCUCCUGGUACUCACAGUGGAUUAUUUACAGCGGGACCUAGACAUGCAGAAAGAGGAACUAUCACGCCUGGAAACAGCAUUGAGAGCGAUGAUGACGGCUGAGGAUGUGGAUAAAUUACUGCAAUCUGUGAACAGUAAUAUUGCAGAAAUGAAGAAGGUCAUCGAGGCACGAAAACGCCAAAAGUUCCAGAGGGACGAAGAUGAUUAUCGCAGUGGUAUGGUGUAUCGAUGGGCGACGGAUCCCAAUUACGACGAUAGGAGGCGACAAGGGUCGACCAAUUGGAGACGGCAACGUCGGAUGCACGACACGGGCGCAUCCUCCACGUCAUCCACAAGCGACACGUCGGGGGACUCCGAAGGAGACAUGGAACCUCAGAAUGUUGCACACUCAGGAUUUAGGGAGAUAGCAGUGAGGUUGACAGAGAACAACGGCACCACCUUCCAUAUCCAGAGAUGCAGUCGGGUUGUCUUCUUCUGGGACAGCACAAGGAGAAUUGCAGCUUAUGGAAACCGGAACGACAGAAAGUCAUUACUUAUUGAAAAACUUCUUAUUGAUGGGAAGUUUUAUACAGAAAGUACAGAUAUACAUAAAGAAAUGACUAAAUAUUACCAAGAGGUAUAUUCUCCGAGAAAAUCUGAUCUAUCUCAGGCAGAGGAUUUUUGGAGCAAAAUUAGCUGCCCUAAAGUAUCCGCAGAAGUAGUGGAAACCCUUAAUACUCCGAUAGAGCUGAAGGAAAUAGAGAAAGCGAUUUCUGAACUUACCACUAAUAAGGCCGCUGGGCCCGAUGGUUUACCAAGUGAAUUUUACAAGAUGCUGUCGUUAGAGAUUGUGCCCCACCUCAAUAAGGCAUACAAUGCUAUGUACACCCAGGGGAAACCGGUACCGAAAGCCUUCUCAGCAUCUUAUACAACUCUUAUUCUUAAAGGUGGAAAAGAUCCAGCACAAAGGGAGUCAUAUAGACCAAUAGCUCUACUAAAUGUGGACUACAAGGUCUUUAUGUCUAUCUUGGCCAAAAGAUUGCAAGUGAUAUUACCAAAUAUCAUACAUAAAGACCAAGCAGGCUUCCUAAAUUCACGGAAUUCCUCAGCUAAAAUUAGAGAAGUCCUAGUGGUAACAGAAUACUUUUUUAAUGCUGAAAGGGAGGAGAGGGAGGAAGGAGAACAUACCCCAGACUUAGCUAUUGUGGCAAUUGACGCGGAAAAGGCUUUUGAUUCUAUACAGCACAACCAUCUUUUCACCUCGCUGGGUCAAUUUGGAAUGGCGACUGCUGAUCUGAGAGAGGAGCUAACCUGCCCCAGCUGUCUGAGCAUUUAUACAGAUCCUGUAACUCUCAGCUGUGGCCAUAACUUCUGCCUGGGCUGUAUUGAGAGUUUGCUGGGUACCCAGGAGGGGUCUGGGGUUUAUACCUGUCCGGAGUGCAGAAAGACUUUUAAUAACAGACCUGAUCUGCAGAGAAACACAGUGCUGUGCAAUCUAAUGAAGCAUUUACAGAUUACUCAGCCAGAGCAAAAUUACACUGGGGUCUUCUGCACUUACUGUGUUCACUCUCCUGUACCUGCUGCUAAAUCAUGUCUGCAUUGUGAGGCUUCUCUGUGUGAUACCCACCUAAGGGUACACAGCAAGUCUGAGGAACACGUCUUAACUGAACCCACCACUUCCUGGGGUAACAGAAAAUGCUACAAACACAGGGAGCUGCUGAAAUAUUACUGCACUGAGGAUGCUGCCUGUAUCUGUGUGUCCUGCUCCCUGGCCGGAGAGCACAGGGGACAUCAGGUGGAGCUGCUGAAUGAGGCUUCUGAGAAGAAGAAAAAGAAACUGAGAAAUGUUCUGCAGAAACUGACCACAAAGAGAGAGAAGACUGAGAAAAGAGUCCAGAGUCUGCAGAAGCACAGGAGAGGGGUGCAAGAGAAAGCAGCUGGUGUAACAGAGAGACUCACUGUCCUGAUUAGGGACAUCAGGAAACAGCUGGAAGACCUAGAGAAGCGAGUCCUGAGUGAGAUCACCCAGCAGCAGGAGCAGGUUUUACACCCAAUCUCUGAUCUGAUCCAGCAGCUGGAAAAAGAGAAGGACGAGCUGACCAGGAAGAUGAGUCACAUUGAGGAGCUGUACAACAUGACUGACCCAUUAACUGUCCUACAAGAACAGGAAUCACACAGAGAUGACUUUUGUGGUGCUGAGAAGGGAGAUAAUGAGGUCACACAGAGAGGUGAUAAACAGGUCCUUGCUGGGGGGGAUUUGGAUGAGGGUCUGAUCUCAAAGACUUUAUACAGAGGUUUAAAUGAUAUUGUGACUGAUGUACAGAGAGGGCUCUAUGUGCAGGAGAUAUCAGACAUAUCACUGGAUAUAAACACAGCUCAUAAUAAAGUUAUUGUAUCAGGUGACCUGAAAACUGCAUCCUGGUCACCUAUAAACCAGCAGCGACCAGUAACACCAGAGAGAUUUACAUCUGCUUGUCAGGUAUUAAGCACCAGGAGCUUUUCCUCAGGACGACAUUACUGGGAAGUGCAGAUCAGUAAAUCAGGGCGCUGGUGUGUAGGGGUUUGUUAUACCAGUAUGGGGAGGGGAGGACAUCAGUCUGUGAUAGGAGAUAAUAACAAGUCCUGGUGUUUGUAUAGUGAUAAUAUAGAUCUUUACAUGAGACAUAACAAUGUAAUAACCUCAUUACACCCCCCUCUAUUAUGUGACACAGUAGGAAUACUGCUGGACUAUGAGGCUGGGCGUCUGACCUUUUAUGGGCUGUGUGACCCAAUCAGACACUUACACACCUUCACUGCCACCUUCACUGAGCCUCUUCAUGCUGCUUUUAGGGCAUGGGGUGAUGGUGCCUGUGUGAGAAACAUACGCUCAAUACACUGACUAUAAUAAUAAUUCUACUGUCUGUCUAUCAGUGAUGUCUGUGUAUUGUGCACAUUGUGUAUGUACUGGGGAUGAAAUAAAAUAAGAUAUUUGUGCAUGAAA